GAAGGAUAUGGAACACGUCGCCAACGAGGGCAGCAGAUUGAGGUCAACUUGGGCGUAAAUUAAGACAAGAGAGAGGAAUUCCAGGGGAGCUUUCAAGUGAACAGCUGAGGACCACACCACAAACUGCUAAGGUGGAAAAGAAUAGUAACAGUCCUGAGUCAGAAAUUGUGGCAACCUUUCUGUCCCACCACCACCAACACCACCUCUGGAAGAAGAUGAGGUCGGACCUGACGGACGACAGAAAUAUCCUGCAAAUUGCCGCCGCGGAAAUUGCAGAGUCCUCCGACACCAGCGGAUUCUUCGAAAUCACCAGCAAUGGCUCCAACGGUCACAACGGACACCGGUCGGACGAUUUGCUGCAGCUAGAUAAUACCGACUAUUUGAACAACCCCCGGACGACCUCCAGACCGAAGCGUUCGUCUAGACGGCUUCAGACGGAGUCCGCGCUGGAUCCGGACAUGACGGAUUCGAGCUCACAGAGUGACGACACCAGCUGUGGCAGCAGUCGCAACGGGAGCAGCCGCGUUGGCAGCAGCAACGGCCGGAGUGCGUCCUCACACCAUCACCACCAGAGCGCGUCGGCCGCGGCCCGGCGCCGAAAAGGGGUCCUGAACGCGAAGGAGCGCAACAUGCGGCGGCUUGAGUCCAACGAGCGGGAACGCAUGCGGAUGCACAGCCUCAACGAUGCGUUUCAGUCCCUCCGAGAAGUCAUCCCGCACGUCAAGAAGGAGCGCCGACUGUCCAAGAUAGAAACGCUCACGUUGGCCAAGAACUACAUCACGGCCCUGACCGAUGUCAUCAUCGUGAUGCGGGGCGAGGGUGAACCGACGGCCACGACGCAAAUGCAGACCAAUUGCAUCCUGAAGGCGGCGGAAGCUGAUCCCCGACAUCAACAACAACAACAACAGCAGCAUAAUCAUCACCCACAGCAUCCCGAUCAGAUUUCGUCCAAUAUCUCCGCCGUGGCACUGGAUGGAUUGAACAGUGCCACCAUCAGCCAACUCAUACCGAACAUUCCGAACCUUCAUCAUCCGGGGCUUACCAACGGAAGCAGUGGCCUCCCCCACCCUAACCACCAGCAGCAUCACCACAACAACAACAACAACCUCACGAUUGCCAACUUUAACAACAGCUCCAGCGUCAGCAGCAGCAACACCAACAAUAAUAAUUCCAGUGCAGCCAACAUCACCAACAGCAACACCAACAACAACAACAACAAUGGUAGCGCAAGUAGUAUAGACAUUGAAAACAGCUUCUACGAGGAUCCAUUUCAAAUGAUGUAAUCCCCCACUUACCGCCCUCAACAACUAUCGAUGCAUUAACGGUGAUGCGAUCGUUUUUUUUAUUUUUCUGUGCAUUUUUCCUUUUUAUUAUUUUUGCACCGGUGCUGUUAUUCUAGGGAAAAGCUUCCCGUUUCAGAGAACAC